CCAAUCACAAACUGGCCAAUAGGAAGAAGUAUGUUGAGUCCUAUAAAAAGCUUUGGAUUUGAAGCUGGAGAAACAAGAGACCGACUUGAGAGAAUGAGAAGGGACAGUAGAUUGUGAAACGAACGUGAAGUCUAGUUAAUCUUAACAUUUUGUAACGUCUUUUAAAGAGUUUUAUCAUGAGCUCUAAUCUUGUGAAGUCUCUUGCUCGGGUUUAUGACCCCAAACCACUUCAUGCUCAAAAACGGCAUAACAGUGGAAGAGCCGGAGCAAGAAGAGCUUCGCUUUCAACCUCAAACAAAUGCUCAUCUUCACCAGUUUUGGAUCAGCCUACUUCAAAAUCUUCUCUAGUACAUAUUGAAGGACAAGUCAAUGAUCUGAGCGGUAAGAUGGACAAACUCCUCGCCCUGCAGGAGGCAUCUCUGAAACGGCUAGAUGCCAUUGGGCAGGAACAUAGCACAGGUGGACGCAGUGUUGAGCAGAUGUUGUGUGAUGUGCGUGUCGUCAUUGAAACUGUUAGAGAAAAGGAGGAACAGCAGGAUCAGCGGCUUGAUGCUUUGGAGCGACUGGUCAGCAGCAUUCAGCAGGUUGUCAGUUUUGUUGCUGAGGCGUUGAAACAAGAGAGUUUGGCCGAUCACUUGAAAAACACAAACUCAAAAUCCAGCAGCAGGUUUAGAGAAAAGGAUGGGAAGGAGAAAUCUAAAGGGUACCCAAAAGGGUUGAAAACCCAGAAGAAAAAGAAGCCACUAGAUGCAUCAGAUUCAGUCCAGGCUGGUUUUGAAGAAGUGCAAAAGCUCAACCAACAGAACAAUCAGCUUUCUCAAUGCACAGCAGAGACAGCAGCCGGCACAUCCACGCAACUAGAGAUUAUUAAAGAGGCACAAACAACAGAGAUAUUCAGGGAAAUAAAAGAUGAUGCACAGCAGGCAGUGGUGGAAGAAGAGACAAGAGAGAAAGAAAGCAUUGCAGAAUUACUGCAGGUAACAGGAGAGGAUAAAAAGGAGGAAGAAGAAAGAGUACAGAAAGAAGAGGAUAUAAGGUUAACAGAGGAAAGCCAACUAGCUGCUCCAACUUCAUCUGGACAGAAUGAUAAAAUCAUCACAGCCACACCAGAAAGCUGUGAGGAGAAUCUGGAAAUAAUUUUGAGCACUAAGAGGCAUGUAAGUGACGAGUCUCUGACAGAUGAUCUUAAAAAAAGCAGAGUGGAAGAGGAAGAGGAGGAGGAGAAAGAAUUGAAGGAGGAGGAAGAAGAGGCGGGGCUUGAAGCUGCAGAGGCAGGACCAGAGGAGGAGACGGAAGAGGAGAGGAAAGAUGCUGAAGCAGUGACUGAUGAAUAUGUCAUUGAUUCUUCCCCUCCUCCACCUGCACCAUUUGAGCAUCGUCUUGUGUCAACCAAAACCCACCAGAUUACCAGCUACUACAACAUCAAUAAGGAGGAAGUUCUUGGAGGAGGACGGUUUGGCAUAGUGCACAAAUGUGAAGAGAAGUCCUCCGGCCUCAUAUUAGCAGCCAAGAUCAUCAAAGCCAGGAGUCAGAAAGAGAAGGAGGUUGUAAAGUGUGAGAUUGAAGUGAUGAACCAGUUAAAUCAUGCCAAUUUAAUCCAGCUCUAUGCCGCCUUUGAAUCGCGGCAUGAAAUCACUCUAGUGAUGGAGUAUGUUGACGGUGGAGAGCUAUUUGAACGGAUCAUAGAUGAAAACUACAAGCUCACUGAGUUGGACACAGUGCUGUUCAUCAGACAAAUCACUGAAGGCCUUCAGUACAUGCACAAGAUGUACAUUUUACACCUUGACCUAAAGCCUGAAAACAUUCUCUGUAUCAGUCGAGAAACAAACAAGGUCAAGAUAAUCGACUUUGGACUUGCAAGAAGAUAUAAACCCAGGGAAAAGUUGAGGGUGAACUUUGGCACGCCUGAGUUCUUGGCUCCUGAAGUCAUCAACUAUGAAUUUGUCUCAUUCCCGACUGAUAUGUGGAGUUUAGGUGUCAUCACGUACAUGCUGCUUAGCGGUUUGUCUCCGUUCCUGGGUGAGGAUGACAAUGAGACGCUAAACAACAUCCUGGCAUGUCAGUGGAGUUUUGAAGAAGCAGAGUUUGCUGACAUCUCUGAGGAGGCCAAAGACUUUAUAUCGCGCCUGCUUGUGAAGAGCAAAAGUUGGAGAAUGAGUGCGUCUCAGUCCCUGAAACACCCAUGGCUUUCAGACCGAGGGCUUCACUACCGUCUGCAUCAUAAGAAAAACAAGUGUCACUCUUCACAUGCACCUCCACCAGAGGGUUAAAAAGAAUUGAUCAUUGGCUGAUCAUCCUGAUCCUGUGGUGACAAACUGGACCAAUACUGUUGUAAUUGAACAACUACACAACAUCUGUUUAAUACUACAGUCGCAUACUGUACUGUACUGAACUGUACCGUACAAUAUCUAUUACCUAUUUACCUCAACCUUUAACGAAAACAUAUAUACAACACAUCAAAAAUACUGCUCAUCACUUGUGAUACAAACACAAAUCACCUUUUUGUAAAAUAGUAGCCAUUUAGGACUCUAUGAUGAACCUGUGCUUCAGUCCUGGUUUAGGUUGGUUUUAACAGUCUGUUAGUUGUUGUCUUAUGAAGAAAAAAAAGAUAUACAGUUAAUUGGUCCUGGUUUUAUCUUGAAUGUGCACUUUACAAUAGGACUGGAUUGGAUAAAGAAUGUUAAGCCCAAAGUAUACUUUUUAUGUGUACAAUUCUAAAGGCACAGGUAUACUUCAUUUUCCACAUUCUGCUCUGUCUCAAGGACGGUUGUGUCCACUCAGCUUUCAAAUGAUAAUCAGCUCGGAAUUAAGAUGAAGACCUUUAGCAAAUAUAUUGUAAUGUGGACAGUGCACAAAAUAGAACAGAAUCUUGGAAGGCUGAAGUACAGUUGAAGUCAGAAUUGUUAGUUCCCCUGUAUUAUUAGAGCCCCUGUUUAUUUUUUUCCCCAAAUUCUGUUUAUUGGAGGGAAGAUUG